AUGAGCACUCAAGAAAAUACUGCAACCAAACCAACCUGGAAAGAUUUUGAAAAAGCAAUAAUAGAAAUUUUAAGAGCUGGAAUUUAUUAUAGAAAACCAAAAGACAAGGGUUUUAUGAGCUGGUAUAAAAAACUAUUAACGGAAUUACAUAGUGCAGAAGAACCUGAAAU